UGCGGCAAUUGGGAUGCCCGCUGGGCGUUGAUUAGACGCCUCGGUGCAGGAAGUGAAAUACUAUAAAUUCGCAUCUCGUCACAGAGCUUUCAGCAAUCACAACACUACCGCGAGUAAAACCAUGCUGAACUAACGCUCCGACAAGGCAAUAACCUGAGACCAUCAGGAAAAAUCGACAAAAUGAAGUGCAGUUCUCAAAUGCAGAUUAUCCUGGUCGUCUGCUAUUUGAGUACUUUCAGCUCAGGCUCACCACAUCACUUCCAAGAUUAUUCUGAAGAAUGGGACAAUAACAGUGCAGAGAAUUUGGCUUUGUGCUUCACUCACUUGAGAGUACUUCAAAUACAGCCUCAGAUGACUAAAUUUGUUAUGGACAUUUGCAAUGCCAUCUUACAAAAUAUGCCAAGAACUAAGAGUGGUGAUAACGAAGCUAUGUAUAAAAGAUUUUUAUUUCAUUACUCUAAAACACGAACACCAGGUCUGAAGAAUACAAUAUCUGCUGUGCACCCCUUACUGCAUCUUGCUCCAAAACUUUCUGAAAGAAGAAUGGACAGAACUCUUUAUUCAGAACAACAAGUUGCUCAAACAGAAUUCAGCAAAAAGCCUCAUAAUGGAAGAAAUCUUGCUGUAUACUCACAAUAAACAAAACACCCAAAAUAUUUUUUUUCCAGGAAGUGAGUAGUUACAAGCUGCAAUCAACCUCCAUCCUGCCAAGUCCCCGAUAAUGAUCAACUACAAAUAAUAAACUAUAACUUCAAAUAUGUUGUUUUAAAUCAGUGUUGUAAUGUGUGUCGGAACUUCAGUGAUGUGCUUUCUACU